GCGGCAAGAUGGUGAAGCUGACGGCGGAGCUGAUCGAGCAGGCGGCGCAGUACACCAACGCCGUGCGGGACCGCGAGCUGGACCUGCGCGGGUAUAAGAUUCCAGUGAUUGAGAACUUGGGUGCAACUCUGGACCAGUUCGAUGCCAUUGACUUCUCUGACAAUGAGAUUCGGAAGCUGGAUGGGUUUCCCCUGCUGAGAAGGCUGAAAACGUUGCUGAUGAACAACAACAGGUUAAGCCGAAUAGGCGAGGGACUUGAACAGUCUUUACCAAAUCUGAAGGAACUCAUUCUUACCAACAAUAAUAUCAUGGAGUUGGGCGACCUUGAUCCCUUGGCCACAAUUAAAUCACUGACUUACCUGAGUAUUUUGAGAAAUCCUGUAACGAAUAAGAAGCAUUAUAGGCUGUAUGUCAUCUACAAGGCCCCGCAAGUCAGAGUGCUGGACUUCCAGAAAGUGAAAUUAAAAGAGCGUCAGGAGGCAGAGAAAAUGUUCAAGGGCAAGCGGGGUGCCCAGCUUGCAAAGGAUAUUGCCAGGAGAACCAAAACUUUCAACCCAGGUGCCGGUUUGCCGACGGACAAAAAGAAAGCAGGACCCUCGCCGGGAGAUGUUGAGGCCAUCAAGAAUGCCAUCGCUAACGCCACAACUCUGGCUGAAGUGGAGCGGCUCAAGGGGUUGCUGCAGGCUGGCCAGAUACCUGGCAGAGACCGAAAAGCAGGUCCAUCGGAUGAAGCCGAAGAAGAUAUGGAGGAAGAUACAAUGGCCAAUGGAACUUAA